UUUGCUGGGGCAGCUGAGAUGUUCCUGCUCACAGUGAUGGCCUAUGAUCGCUAUGUUGCAAUUUGUCGCCCCCUGUACUAUUCCACAAUCAUGAGUCGAGGAUUAUGCUGUGUGUUGGUAGCUGCCUCCUGGAUGGGAGGAUUUGUGCACUCUACUGUCCAGACCAUUCUCACUACCCGUUUGCCCUUUUGUGGGCCAAACCAGGCGGACAACUUCUUUUGUGAUGUUCCCCCUGUCAUCAAACUUGCCUGUGCAGACACAUUUGUCAUUGAAUUACUAAUGGUAUCUAACAGUGGGUUGAUCUCUACCAGCUCGUUUGUGGUGCUGAUUUCUUCCUACACCAUCAUCCUUGUCAAGAUUCGCUCCAAGGAGGGAAGACAAAAGGCACUCUCCACUUGUGCCUCCCACCUCAUGGUGGUAACACUCUUUUUCGGACCCUGUAUUUUCAUUUAUGCUCGUCCCUUCUCCAUUUUUUCUGUGGACAAAAUGGUGUCUGUACUCUACAAUGUUAUCACCCCUAUGCUGAAUCCCCUCAUCUACACACUUCGGAACAAAGAGGUCAAGUCAGCUAUGCGGAAGCUGUGGGGUAGGAGUGGACUUCCUUGGAAAAAGCAGAGGCCCUAA